AAAGAGCCCUUUUCGUUCACUUCAUCCCUUGGUUCCCGCAAACGCUCUCGAGUCUGAGCUCCAGACAAAAAUAAAAAUAAAAAUAAAAAAUAAAAAAUAAAAAAUAAAAAUAAAAAUGGCGUCUUUGGCUGCUCACCAGCUCUCCGGCCUCCGCUGCCCUCCCCUCUCAAGACCCGCGUCGUUGCCGAGGAGGACCUCCGUCAUCACUGCCGCCGCAUCAGUGGGCCCCGCGGCCGUCGCCAUCACCCCUGCUCAGAAGGAGCGUCAGAGGCUGAGGGAUAUCUUCGAGGACGCCUACGAUCGAUGCCGCACUGCCCCCAUGGAGGGCGUUGGCUUCACCGUCGAGGAUUUCCACGCGGCGCUCGAGAAGUACGAUUUCAACUCCGAAAUCGGCACAAAGGUUAAAGGAAAAGUUUUUAUGACUGAUCAAAAUGGAGCACUUGUCGACAUCACAGCUAAAUCUUCAGCUUACUUACCUGUUCAAGAAGCAUGCAUUCACAAAAUUAAGCAUGUAGAAGAGGCAGGCAUAUACCCAGGUUUAGUUGAAGAGUUUGUCAUAAUCCGUGAGAACGAGGCAGAUGAUAGUUUGGUUUUGAGCCUAAGGUCAAUCCAAUACGAUCUUGCUUGGGAAAGGUGCAGACAACUUCAGAGUGAAGAUGUUGUUGUCAAGGGUAAGGUUAUUGGGGGAAACAAAGGAGGAGUUGUAGCUGUUGUAGAGGGUCUACGUGGUUUUGUUCCAUUUUCUCAG